AUGCAUACUGCGAAGCGAAAGUUCGAUGCAAUUUCAUCUGCCACAGAAGAGUUCUGCGAUUCUUCUUCUUCUUCUUCAUCGGUUCCCUCUUCUGGUUCUGGGUGGGAUUACGAGGUGUUCUUGAGCUUUAGAGGUGAGACACGCACCAACUUCACCGACCACCUCUACAACGCCCUCCUCGAUAAUGGAAUCCACACGUUCAGAGACAACGAAGAACUCCCAAUCGGAGAAAAGAUCGGUCCGGCGCUUCUCUCUGCUAUCCACCAGUCCAAAAUAGCCAUUAUCAUCUUCUCAAAAGGCUAUGCUUCCAGCAAAUGGUGCCUCCUUGAACUUGCCGAGAUUGCAGAGUGCAUGAAAAGACAAAUAAAAGUGAUGCCCGUUUUCUACCAUGUAAUGCCAUCGGACGUCCGAAACCAGACCGGUAGCUAUGAGAAUGCUUUUCUAGACCACGAGAAGAAAUACGACCAGGAGACUGUAGAGAGGUGGAAGAAGGCUCUGAGAGAGGUUGGUGAAUUGAAAGGAUGGGAUCUGGAGAAUGUUGCUGAUGGGCAUGAAGGGAAGUCAAUAAAAUUAAUUGUUAAAGAAGUUUGGAGUGAAUUAAGAAAGAGCCCCUUGACUGUUUCGAACAACAUGGUUGGAAUCCAUUCUCAUGUAGAAAAAAUGAUGAAGUUGUUAAACAUUGCAUCUAAAGAUAGAAGGAUUGUGGGUAUCCAUGGCUUAGGUGGCAUUGGUAAGACAACAAUUGCCAGGUGUGUGUACAAUACAGUCUAUCAUCACUUUGAAGGAUGUAGCUUUAUAGCAGAUGUUCGAGAAACUUUCCAAACAAGGGGAGCUGUCCAUUUGCAAAGUCAACUUGUCACUAAUAUCUUGAACAUAGAGAAUCCAAACAUUACUAGUGUUGAUCAAGGAAUUGAUGUGAUUAAGCAAAGACUAUCCAAUAAAAAAAUUCUUAUUGUUUUUGAUGAUGUGGAUGAAAAUACUGAUUUAAAUGCGAUAAUCGGGGAGCGUGAUUGGUUUGGUUUUGGAAGUAAGAUUAUUAUUACAACCAGGGACAGACAUAUCUUAGAUGUUCUUGAAGUUGACGAAAUGUAUGAGCCCAAUGAAAUGGAUUCAGAUCAAUCUCUUAAACUUUUCAGCAAACAUGCUUUUAAAAUGGACCGACCUCCUGAAAAUUAUUUGGUUCUCUCAAAAGAUGUGGUAAAAACUACUGGAGGACUUCCUUUGGCUCUUGAGGUUAUAGGUUCAUAUUUAUUUCGUAAAGGAGAAUCAGCAUGGAAAGACACAGUGAAGAAGUUGGCCAAAAUUCCAAAUAAUGUAGUGCAGAAAAAGUUGAGAAUAAGUUAUGAAGGAUUAACUUAUGAAGAGAAAGAGAUGUUUCUUGACAUUGCUUGUUUUUUUAUUGGAAUGGAUAAGAAUAUUGCAUUUUACAUAUGGAAUGGCUGUGACUUUUUCCCUGGAGAUGGAAUUGAAAAUCUCUGCCUAAAGUCACUGGUUAAGAUUGGUGAAGAAAAUGAGUUAAGGAUGCAUGAUCAGCUAAGAGAUCUUGGAAGGGAAAUUGUUCGUCAAGAAAACCUUAAGGAGCUUGGGCAACGUAGUAGGUUGUGGUCGCAUGAGGAGGUAUUGGAAGUAUUGAGUACUCAACAGGGAACUAGGAAAGUUGAAGGAUUAUGUAGUACGUUCUAUGGUAGGGGAAAUAGCCAAUGUAUGAUGAGUGAAGGAUUUGCUACUAUCACUAAACUGAGGUUACUCCAGGUCGAUUUUGCUGAGGUUGCUGGAAACUUCAUGCAUUCUUUUCCAGAACUGAGAUGGCUUAGUUGGAAAAGAUGCACUAUGCAAUUUACACCAACCAAUCUAAGGAAAUUGUGUGUUCUUGAUCUAUCUCAUAGUGACAUCACAGAAAGCUGGAGGGGUUGGAACUAUAUCAAGGAGGCAGAAACUCUUAAAGUUCUGAACUUGAGUUGGUGUUAUAAACUAUCCCGAACUCCAGACUUGUCAGAAAAUAUACAAUUGGAGGAAUUGAUUCUUGAACACUGUGAAAAUUUGGCUACAAUUGAUGCAUCCAUUGGUCAUCUUAAGAGGUUAGUCAUAUUGAAGAUGAAGGGCUGCAAGAGUCAAUCAAUGUAUCUCCCAACCAGCAUUUGUGAGCUGAGUGCUCUCAAAACACUUGACAUUAGAGAUGCAAGAAUAAGCCAAUUACCAGAAACGUUGGGCCGCUUGGAAGCCUUAACAGAGCUAUACGUUGACUUUUCUGAAAUGCGGUUACCUAGUUCAAUACGUCGUCUGAAAAACCUCAAAAUUUUAAGUACUGAUCGUUGUGUUGACUGGCGAGGGUUAUUAGAUUCUGAUAUGGAGUUGGAGAUGGAUCUCCCUGAGGAACUUCCUCCAAGUUUGAAAUAUUUGGAUGCUUCAGGAUGCAGAAUGAAAUCACUCCCAUGGCUGUCAAAUCUGACAAAUUUAGAGGUAUUGUACCUUAAUGACUGUCCAAAUCUGGUGGAGAUACCAACUACUAUCAAUGCUCUUACAAGGCUGGAGUCUCUCGCUUUAGGAGGAUGCCCUCACCUCCGAUGCAUCUCAAAUCUUCCCUCAGGUCUGAAAAUCCUGGAGGUUAGUUAUUGUGAAAAUAUGAUAGAAAUAUCAGGUUUCUCUAGUUCAGGCAUGAGAAAUUUAGAGAAAUUAUCUAUUUAUACUUGCCCCAGGCUAGAAAAAAUUGAAAGCCUUGAGGGAUUAGAUUCCCUGCAGCAGUUUGUGAUUAGUGGGUGUUGCUCAUUGAGAAAAUUGCCAAAACUGCUGGGCUUGAAAAAAUUGAGGCACUUAGAGUUCAAGUACGUUGGCUUAUAUGAGAUUGAAGUGCUUGAGGGAUUUUACUCCUUGAAAAAUUUGAUUAUAGAGGAUAUUCAAUUAUUAAGAAUAAUUCCAAAUUUAUCAGACUCAAAGAAUCUUGUGUGCAUUGAAAUUCAAGACUGCGAUGAGUUAUUUGAGAUUGAGAGCCUCGAGGGAUUGGACUCCCUGGAGAAACUUUCUAUAUCAGAUUGCCCUUCAUUGAGAAAGAUACAAGUUCCCAAAAAAUUGUGUGAAUUACAUAUCACUGAGUGUGACAUGUUAUCUGAGAUUGAGGGCCUUAAGGGAUUGAACUCCCUGGAGAAACUGUCUAUAUCAGAAUGCCCAUCAUUGCCAAAGGUACAACUUCCCAAAAAACUGUGUGAGUUAUAUAUCAAGGAGUGUGACAAGUUAUCUGAGAUUGAGGGUCUUGAGGAUUUGGAAUCUUUGACAAUAUUUUGCCUCCAUAGCUGCUGUGAAUCAAUUAUAAGAUUGCCAAACUUAUCGAACUUGAAGGCGUUAAAGGAUUUAAGUACUUGUGCCCUGCCACUAGAGAUUAACUGCUUUGAGGGAUUGGAAUCCUUGCAAACUUUAACCUUAUUUAGAUCCAAAUCUUUAGAAGUGUUACCGGAUGUCUCACCCUUGAAGAACCUGAAACGUCUAGAACUCACUGAGUGUGAGAAGUUAACCGAGAUCCUAAGUGUUGGCAGAUUGGAGUCCUUGGAAGUAUUGGAUGUGCAAACAUGCGAAUCGGUAGAAAUAUUACCAGAUAUCUUGAACUUAACAAAACUGCGGGAAUUACACAUCCAGGGUUGUAAGAAGUUAACUGAAAUUCAAGGAGUUGAUAGGUUAGAAAUUCUGGAGGUCUUGCGUAUCACUAGAUGCAUUUCUAUUGAAACAUUACCAUGUCUUUCAAAGUUAAAGAACUUGAGGACUCUAUCAGCUGUCAGCUGCAAGAAGUUAACAGAGAUUCAAGGUGUGGAAGAGUUGGAAUCCUUGGAGGAGUUCGAUAUUAGUGGAUGCAUUUCUAUGGAAAAACUUCCAUGUCCAAAGUUAAAAAAGAAAAAGAAACGAACAACAGAAUCCUAUGAAUCCUAUCUUCUGUCAAGUUCGAAAUGGGAUCAUGUCCCUCCUGUUAAGGAGCUCUGGAAAUUAUUGAGAAUUCAGGCUCUUCGGUGUCAUGUUAUAUACUGUCAAAAUGGCACCAAGCUGCAUGCAAUUCAGUGUAUUGAUAUAUUGGAACAGGUACGAAUAUAUUGUAAUUCUAUCCACGUGAUGGAGAUUUACUUGCUCCUGAAAAACAGUCUAAGUUCAUUGGGUUUGGGAACUGACAAUGGCAGUCGUCUUCGGGUGCAGAAUCUGGAUCAAGUCAAGUCUUUUGGAACAGAAGCUGCUCAUUUCUAG